AGCCACGCCUACUUCCGGACAGGUCAGACCACGGUCUCAGCCACAUGACUGUGUUCCGGCUCGGUAAAGAUGGCGGCGCCCAGGGCGGUAGCGUGAAACUUGUUGGUGGAAGACGCUGACCAGUCGUGUUGGAAUCAAAACAGCGGGGACCCUGCGCCAUGUCGCGACUGAUCGUGAAGAAUCUCCCGAAUGGGAUGAAGGAGGAGCGUUUCAGGCAGCUGUUUGCCGCCUUUGGCACGCUGACAGACUGCAGCCUGAAGUUCACCAAAGAUGGCAAGUUCCGCAAGUUUGGUUUUAUUGGCUUCAAGUCCGAGGAAGAGGCCCAGAAGGCACAGAAGCAUUUCAACAAGAGCUUCAUCGACACAUCCCGGAUCACAGUGGAGUUCUGCAAGUCAUUCGGGGACCCAGCCAAACCCAGAGCCUGGAGCAAACAUGCCCAGAAACCAAGCCAGCCCAAGCAGCCUCCAAAAGACUCUACUACUCCAGAAAUUAAGAAAGAUGAGAAGAAGAAAAAGGUGGCAGGUCAACUGGAGAAGCUGAAGGAGGAUACAGAGUUCCAGGAGUUUCUGUCAGUUCAUCAGAGGCGGGCGCAGGCAGCCACUUGGGCGAAUGAUGGCCUGGAUGCUGAGCCCUCGAAAGGGAAGAGCAAGCCGGCCAGUGACUACCUGAACUUCGACUCCGAUUCUGGGCAGGAGAGUGAGGAGGAGGGAGCCAGGGAGGACCUGGAAGAAGAAGCAAGCCUCGAACCAAAGGCAGCCGUGCAGAAGGAGCUGUCGGACAUGGAUUACCUGAAAUCCAAGAUGGUGAAGGCUGGGUCGUCCUCUUCCUCGGAGGAAGAGGAAAGUGAAGAUGAAGCCGUGCACUGUGAUGAAGGGAGUGAGGCCGAGGAAGAGGAUUCCUCCGCCACCCCAGUCCUGCAGGAAAGAGACAGCAAGGGUGCAGGCCAAGAGCAAGGGAUGCCAGCUGGGAAAAAGAGACCACCGGAGGCCAGAGCCGAGACAGAGAAACCAGCAAACCAGAAGGAACCCACCACCUGCCACACCGUGAAGCUGCGGGGAGCCCCGUUCAAUGUCACAGAGAAAAAUGUUAUGGAAUUCCUGGCACCCCUGAAACCAGUGGCCAUUCGAAUUGUGAGAAACGCUCAUGGGAAUAAAACAGGAUACAUCUUUGUGGAUUUCAGCAAUGAAGAGGAAGUGAAGCAAGCUCUGAAAUGCAACCGGGAGUACAUGGGUGGGCGCUACAUCGAGGUGUUCAGGGAAAAGAACGUCCCCACCACCAAGGGUGCACCAAAGAAUACCACCAAAUCCUGGCAAGGCCGGAUACUCGGGGAGAACGAAGAGGAGGAGGACCUGGCCGAAUCCGGAAGGCUCUUUGUACGGAACCUGCCCUACACCAGCACCGAGGAGGAUCUGGAGAAGCUCUUCUCCAAAUACGGUCCCCUGUCUGAGCUCCACUACCCCAUCGACAGCCUGACCAAGAAACCCAAGGGUUUUGCAUUCAUCACCUUCAUGUUCCCUGAGCACGCUGUGAAGGCCUACUCGGAGGUGGACGGGCAGGUAUUCCAGGGCAGGAUGCUCCACGUGUUACCAUCUACCAUCAAGAAGGAAGCCAGCGAGGAUGCCAGUGCCCUGGGAUCGUCGUCCUACAAGAAGAAGAAGGAGGCCCAGGACAAAGCCAACAGUGCCAGCUCUCACAACUGGAACACACUAUUCAUGGGGCCGAAUGCCGUGGCCGAUGCCAUCGCACAGAAGUACAACGCCACCAAGAGUCAAGUGUUUGACCACGAGACCAAGGGCAGCGUGGCCGUGCGCGUGGCUCUGGGGGAGACCCAGCUCGUCCAGGAAGUGCGGCGUUUUCUCAUAGACAACGGGGUCAGCCUGGAUUCCUUCAGCCAGGCUGCAGCAGAGCGAAGCAAGACUGUGAUUCUGGUCAAGAACCUCCCGGCAGGCACCGUGGCGGCCGAGCUGCAGGAGACCUUUGGCCGUUUUGGCAGCCUGGGCCGCGUGCUGCUGCCAGAGGGCGGAAUCACUGCCAUCGUGGAGUUCCUGGAGCCCCUGGAGGCCCGCAAGGCCUUCAGGCAUCUGGCCUAUUCCAAGUUCCAUCAUGUCCCCCUCUAUCUGGAGUGGGCUCCAGUUGGCGUCUUCUCCAGCGCAGCCCCACAGAAGAAAAAGCUCCAAGACACACCUUCAGAACCCAUGGAAAAGGACCCAGCAGAGCCAGAAACAGUGCCUGAUGGCGAAACCCCAGAAGAUGAAAAUCCAACAGAGGAAGGAGCAGACAACUCUUCAGCAAAGAUGGGAGAGGAGGAGGAGGAGGAAGAGGAAGAAGAAGAAGAGAGCCUCCCAGGAUGUACUCUGUUUAUUAAGAAUCUCAAUUUUGACACAACAGAAGAGAAGCUGAAGGAAGUGUUUUCAAAAGUGGGGACAGUGAAGAGCUGCUCCAUCUCCAAGAAGAAGAACAAAGCAGGAGCGCUCCUUUCCAUGGGGUUUGGAUUUGUGGAAUACAGGAAGCCGGAGCAAGCCCAGAAAGCUCUCAAGCAGCUCCAGGGUCACGUCGUGGACGGCCACAAGCUGGAAGUGAGGAUCUCGGAACGAGCCACUAAGCCAGCCGUGACAUCAGCUCGGAAGAAACAAGUUCCCAGAAAGCAGACCACCUCCAAGAUCCUGGUGCGGAACAUCCCCUUCCAGGCCCACAGCCGGGAGAUCCGAGAGCUCUUCAGCACCUUUGGGGAGUUGAAGACGGUCCGCCUGCCAAAGAAGAUGACUGGGACAGGCACACACAGAGGCUUCGGCUUUGUGGACUUCCUCACCAAGCAGGAUGCGAAGAGAGCCUUCAACGCCCUGUGUCACAGCACCCACUUGUACGGGCGGAGGCUGGUGCUGGAGUGGGCCGACUCCGAGGUGACCCUGCAGGCCCUGCGGCGGAAGACGGCUGCGCACUUUCAUGAGCCCCCGAAGAAAAAGCGGUCUGUGGUGUUGGAUGAGAUCCUGGAGCAGCUGGAAGGCAGUGACAGCGACAGCGAGGAGCAGACCCUUCAGCUGUGAGCUGGCGCCGAGAGGGUGCGUGGCUCCGGGGCCUUGGGGACCGGGACAGCCGCUCCAGCUUCUGCACUCACCACCAUGUGGGCUGGGGGGUGGGGCGGGGAGCGGCAGGCGGCCCCACCCUGCACUGGUCCAAGGUCGGAGGGGAUAGGGGAUGAGGAAGGCCUCAGGCCACUGCCCGGCGGCCCAGGCAUCCUGGGUUUCACCAGUGACACAUUUUAGCAGACACUGACUGUGCACCUGCUCUGUAGCAGACACGGAAGAGUCCAAGGGAGCAGCCACGUUAGGAAGAGAGACUUGGGAACAGCUACACAGGGAGCUAGAACCCCUGCUCCCCCUGUCCCCACCCCAGGAGAGUAAGGGGACGAGGGCCAGCUCUCUGGCAUCAGGCUGCUUGGACAUGAAACCCCGUCUCCAAGCUCAAGCUGGGAGACCCUGGCCCAGUUUCCUUAUCUCCUUGGGCCCAGCCUUCCCCUUGCUAGCUAGUUCUUACCUCAUAAGGUUUUAGAGAGAAAUAAACACAGUAAUGCAUGAAGAGUGCCGGGCAUGGUGCUGAGCCCUGUUCCUGCUCUCCCUCCAGGGCUGCUGAGCUAGAAUUCCCACCUAUGUCUUUCCAAGGGACUGUUCACGGCUUGGGACUUGGUCUCUGUCCUGCCCCAUCCUCGUCACUUGGGACCACGAGCCCUGGUUCAGUCACCCAGGGAAGCCUCCCAGCGGCUCAUGAAGCAUCGAGCUCCAAGCCCAGAUGCCAAGCUCCCUGGCUGAGCUGAAUGAUGUCACUCAUGGUGGACGCGUUCUGCUCACGGGCCCAGAGCCCUGUGAAAUGCAUCAAGGUCCUCUCCGCUGGCCAGCAGCAUCCCCAGGCUUCUCUCAGGCUCCCGUGUUCACAUUUUCUCCAGCCUGAGACGCAGCCUCCCGCCUGGAAGGGCCUGUGCCAGCACCAGGCAGAGGGCAAGACGGAGAGGGCAGAGCAAGAACUGCACUGCAUCUCACUGCAGUCUGAAUCUAGACAUCGCCAUUCCCUGAGGUGCGACCUCAGACUAAUGACGUCCUGUCUGAGCCUCUGUUUUUCUCUCUAGGAAAUGGGGGUGAUAAUUGUGCCUACCUCAGAUAGACAGUGCCAGAAUUAAGUGAGUCAAGCCAAGUAAAGCCCAGAGAAGAUUCUCAUCA